AGUAACGCUCGCAGGAGAGUGUCGACCGCGUCCCCUGUCUGACCAAUCGGGGAGGCCGGAUCAGGCACCGACCCCAGAUGGCCACUUGCCCUGCGGAGCUCUGGGCGGAGGCGGUGGCAGGCCGCGCAGUCCGGGAGCUUCCUGGCCGUGGCUGCUGGACCGGGCGGCGGGCGCUUGGAACCGAGGGCUCGCGGGAAGGUUCGGGCGCCUCCGUGGGCAAGGACGGGGAGGCGGCACCUCGGCACUGCCUCUGAUAGUUUUGCUGCUCCAGGUUCUUGUUUGAACGCCGCCUCCCGGUGCAUUUGCGCAGUCCAGGGUACCGGCGCGCGGCUGGAGCCGGAGGACCGUGCGGGCAGUUCUCUAGCCCCGGGCGAAAACGGAGACCCUAGGCCUGUAGAACCCAGCCCUGAGGGUGCUCAGUGACUUGCCGGGUGAGGCCAGACAGAACCCUCGCCAUGGUGGAGUCCGAGGAUUUGGCGCAGCUGCGGCAGCUCAACCUGGAGCUCAUGCAGCAGCUGUGGGUUGGGCAGAAGGCUGUGCAGCAGUCAGUGGCUAAGGCAGCCUCAGAGUCAAGCCCGGACUCCAACAGCAGCUACGACUCAGAGAUACCAUCUUCCCAAGAGAUGUCCUCAGUGGCCUUGAGAGCCUCCUGCCUGCCGGACGCCCACCAGGGUGAUCCCUGUGAUGUGUCCUGGCUUGGCAGGGCCAGCUCCAGGGUGAUCUCCCUCUCACGUGGCACAUGCCAGUACCAGAAGUCCCUGGGCUCACUGAGAUCCACCCUGGAUCAACGAAGUAUGCUGUCCAAGCAGAGAGUGACCUUCAGCAAGGAACCUCCAGUGCCUGAGGAGAGCUGGCGCCUCAGACCGUACCUGGGCUACGAUUGGAUUGCAGGGUCUCUGGACAACAUCUCGCCCGUCACCAGCAAGCCUGAGGCCUUCUUCUCAAAGCUGCAGAAGUUCCGGGAAGCCAACAAGGAAGAAUGUAUUAACAGUGACCCCGAAUCCCAGUUCCUAGGCCUGCCCGGGAGCAGUGGUGUGGAGUGGGAGCACGAAUGCGUGUACAGUUAUCGUGUCAACCGGCGCCUGUUUCUGGUGCCAUCGGAUCCUGGCACCCCCUGCCGCCUGUGCAGGACACCACGGGACCAACGGGGCCCUGAGACCCUGGCAGAGCCAGCACAGGUCAGGGUGAGUGUCCCAUUGUCUGUCCUGGACCCCCCCCACCGGUACCACAUCCAUCGGCGGAAGAGCUUCGAUGCCUCCGACACGCUGGCCCUGCCUCGGCACUGCCUGCUGGGCUGGGACGUCCUCCCUCCCAAGUCCGACAGGAGCUCAGCGCCCAAGAGCCUGGACCUCUGGUCCUGUGUCUCCUCCGAGGCUCAGCACCAGCAGCUGUUGGCCAGCGGCCCUUCCCACGUGGUGUGGUCCAGGGUGCCCCAGGAGGGACAGACGUCUUGGGGCAGCCCUGGGGAGGGCACAGCCCCUGCCCCCGGGCGCAGGAUGCGGGCAGGAAGGGCAGAGCCUGAUAAAGCGUCUCUACAAGGGCCUGUCCCGGGCCCUGACCCAAGACAGCCUCCCAGGCUCCUCCACUCCCCGCUGGCUACCACACCUCACCCAUGGAGGUAACCCUAACUCUUAAGUCCAGAAGGAAAUGAGGCUGGACUGGGGGCAGUCUGCUCCCAAAGUGGCCCGCUGACACCUCUCCAUUCACUGUCCCAGCCCCUGUCAACUUGGGUCUCAUGCCCCACCCUGAUCUGGUCAGAACCCCAGGUCCCCCAGCCCCGUGUCCUCCAACUGAAGCCCCGAGGACCAGCCACUUGGAGACAGUGCCCCCACCAUUGCUUCUAGCCUCUCUGGCAGGGGCCCCACGAGAGGGGAGCCCUGCCCGGCCUCAGCUGGGGGUGGACUAAGGCCUCAGCCCACAGAGUUGGGCAGGUGGGUGGGCCCAGGCCUUUCUCCUACCUGGGGUCAAAGUGGGGGGACUCCAGGGUGAGGGGGGAGAGGGGAUUCUGUGACCUGUUUGUCAAUAAAGCUCCAUGCUGUCUGCA